AUGGCAACCCCAACCCCCAAAGACAAGGAAACGCCCUCGAAAAACCUCAACGCCUUUUCCUCGCCCGCCCCGCGCAGUGUACCUCCCUCGGGCAACGUGAACAUGAUGUCGUACGAUUCGCCCGCGGUGCUGAACAUGCUCAACGACGUGGCCAGCUCAGGCAUGGGCGGCGUCGGCAUGGGCAUCACCAUGAGCGGGCUCGGCAUGUCCAGCUUAGGCAUGAGCGCGAGCGCCAUGGGUCGCGCCGACGAGGCAGAACGAAGCCGGCGUCUACGCGCCAUCAUCGACCUCGUUGGCAAGAAGCCUGGCAGGGUCAGUGAGGAGGGUCUGCUGCAGCUGUGCAAGAGGAUGGGCAUACCGUGCGAGAAACACAUGGACGAGGCAGGCACCUGGAGUCUGCUCAUUGGCGACGAAGCCCUCUGUGACGUGACGUUCUACAACGACGAGAUUGCGAGCGUCAAUCUGCAAACCGGCCUGGACGAAUCGAGACCCGAUCUCCAUUUCGGCACAACGGGGUCUGAGAUACUCGUCCGGAGCUUGAAACCCCUGCCGGGCCAGAGCAAACUCAACGUCACGCUCGAGCGCUUCUCAGAGAGUCUAGAGAAGCUGCUUACGCUGGAUAAAUUGGGGUCAGCGCAGAACGGAGGGGUUAGCUGCUACAAUGCGAUUGCGGGGGUUUAUACAAGUUUACGCAAGCUGUUUGAACACGAGAAAAAGGCGGAGCUCGCAAAAAGGACGCCCGACGAGCGCUUCAGGACACACAAAGCUGAGCGCGAGGUGCUGUGCAAGAAGAGCGGCCGCCCCAGACUCAACGGCGGAUCUUGUCUGGGCUUGAGCCUCGAGUACUGGAUGGACGGUCGAAUGCAAAUCGACCCGCCCGUGGAAUCUGCAGCCUACCCCGAAGAUGCAGACAAGAGCCACAACAAAAUGUACUCCCUGACUAUCGAGUGCGAAGCUUCGCCUUCGACUCUGUAUACGCCCAUCCGCAUAUCCGACGACUGGAUCAGCGACCGCAUCGACAAACCCACCGAUACGCACGACGCGAACGCCACUCUAGAUAACAUACUCAUGCACGCUUCGUCCUCUUCAUCCCUAGACUGGCUCGACCCAAAACCAACGUACCUCGAACCAGCCCCCGAGCAAACUGCCGACCACGACGACCACGACGCAAUGAACCUCGACUCGGCAGCGGGCCGCCUUCCCAACGUCCGCUUCGUCGCAAAGUUUAACCCCCCACUUGUCGUCCCUUUUGCCGUCCACAUGCAGCUCUACCAGCUCGUCGGCAUCGAGCCGCGCACUGACGACUUCCGUCCCGAGACUUUUGCAGGCCUGGCGCUCAGGCCUGGCGAGCUUGAUCCGGGCAUGUCUGGCACGACGGGUGAUGUGACGCAUGAGAUUCGCAGUAGCCGACUUGUCUUGGUUCGGGAUGAUGGUGAGGAGGGACGGGAAAAGGAUAGACGACAUGAUAUGAGCCUCUUCAUACCGAAGCUCGAGUAUAGUCGCAAGUUGGAAAGCUUGCCUUUUAGCCAUCCGAAACAGUUGGUGGAGAUUUUGCCCGUGUUGAGACAGUAUGCGCAUAUUACGAGUUUGCUUAAGACUUGUUUCUACGAAGCGAUGGAGAAGAAGAAGAAGAAGAAGCAAGUGCCGACGCAUAAAUUGGGCCAGCAUGAGCUCACACCACCACCCUUGCACAAGACAGAUUUGCCGGGGUUGCAACUCGACGUCAAUCUGAGUUAUGCGCCGCCUGUGCCCCGGUUCACGCUGCAUGUUCCUCAUCCUUGUUCUGCUGUGGCGAAGGCGGCAUGUUCAUCUGAAAAGGAGAAGAAGAAGAAGAAGGGUAAAGACGCAGAUGAUGCUGCGAUGAUAGCGGACCUCUUGUCUCAUCUCGAUGAACCUACUACCUCUUCUUCAUCUUCUUCUUCUCCGCCUCCUGCAUACCACGCUCCCCUCGCGCUAGCAAUCGAUGUCCAGUCCAAUGGCGAGUUGGUCCUUAGUGAACAGAAUGUUGUUCUUGAGGAGGAAGAUGACAAGGUGAAGAGGUUGGCGCGCGCACUGGAUGUUGUUGAUGAUUUGGGCGUGUGGGCUGAGUGGUUGAGGUUGGAGGUUGGUAAGGAGGAGGAGAGGAAGAAGAGCGUUUAG